UUGAUGUUCCUUAGAAUGGAGCCGAUUCCAAAACUUCUAGCUGGACUUACUCUGCUGACUCUGUGUGUGGUGGGCUGCCUCAGCCAGCACUGGUCCCACGGGUUGCGCCCCGGAGGAAAGAGAAAUGCUGAAAAUGUGCUUGAUUCUUUCCAAGAGAUAGCCAAAGAGGUUGAUCAACCAGCAGAACCUCAGCACUUUGAGUGCACCAUACACCAGCGCCGUUCUCCACUCAGGGACCUGAAAGGAGCUCUGGAAAGUCUGAUCGAAGAGGAAACUGGGCAGAAGAUGUAAAUCCACUGGACCAGAAAAAUUGACAACACAAGUGUAAUUCUGACUUUGAAAUCUGUGACCCAUUUAAUAUCUGUAAAUUUUGUGAUUUUCAGAAAUUCUUACGCCAGGUUGCACAUGAUGAAGUGCU